AUGUACGCAGCUCGAUUGUCGGCAGCGCGCAGCAGUGUGCGUGCAGCACGCAGAAACUUUGCCACCGUCGUUGAGAGCAACGGUGUCAAGGUUGCAGCCGUCGACAAUGGAACCCCGACGUCGUCGUUGACUGUCCUCGUGAAAGCUGGCAGUCGGUACGAGUCCAAGCAGGGUGUUGCCAAUGCUUUGAAGAACUUUGCGUUCAAGAGCACCUCAAAACGUUCUGCUCUCGGUACUGUUCGGGAGAGCGACCUGUACGGUGGUGUCCUCACCUCGUCUCUGGGUCGUGAGCACCUGGCUUUGACUGCGGAAUUCUUGAGGGGCGACGAAGCCUUCUUCCUCGACGUUUUGACUUCGUACAUCACCUCUGCCAAGUUCACCCGCCAUGAGUUCCAGGAAUACGUUGCACCAUUGAUUGAGAGCGACACCGCUGCCGCCAAUGCCAACCCUGCCAUCCGUGCUAUCGAGCUCGCUCACGCCGUCGCCUUCCGAAACGGUCUCGGCUCCUCCCUGUACGCCCCCUCGCACCCCGACCUCUACGUUGAAGACGUCAAGGAUUUCGCUUCGUCCGUCUUCACCAAGGGCAACGUCGCCGUCAUCGGUACCGGUAUCGAGCAAGGCACCCUCUCUGCCCUCGUCGAGAAGGCUUUCGCCAACGCUGCCAACGCACCUGCACCCUCCACCCCCGCUACCACCUACUACGGCGGCGAGAACCGUGCUCAAGUCUCUGGCGGACCCCAGACCGUGUUCAUCGGUUUCGGCCAGUCCGGUGCCCCCUCUGCCGAGCUCGCCACCCUCGCUGCCCACCUCUCGCCCUCGCCCUCCGUGAAGUGGAGCAAGGGUGUCUCCCCUCUCGCCGCUGCCAUCCCCGAAGGCGCCUCCGUGCAGUCCGUGUACCUGCCCUACACGGACGCGUCGCUGGUCGGUCUGCUCGUGCAGGCCCCCACGGCUGCCGGCGUCAAGGAGGCUGGCAAGGCUGCUGUGCAGGCGUUGAAGAGCGCGGCUGCUGGUGUUGAGCAGGAACAGUUGGCUUCGGCUGUUGCCAAGGCGCGCUUUGCUGCUGCCAGUGCUGUCGACUCCAGACAGGGGUUGACUGCUACCCUUGGGCCCAAGGUUCUUGCUGGUGGGGAUGCCUCUGCUGCGUCUGUGGUGUCUGCGUUUGAUGCCGUGAAUGCUUCUGGCUUCACCAAGGCUGCGUCUGCGCUCCUUGCUGCCAAGCCUACCUAUGUCGCUGUUGGUGACGCUUCGCUUCCUUAUGCCGAUGAGUUGGGUCUCUAG